AUGGCGCAAAAGGCAAAAAAGGACCGAGCCAAAUCCAACUCAUCGGCUCUCAACACUCUGCACAUUGGCUCUCUCACCGUCAACGUCCUCUUCUUACUAUCCCAUUUCCUCUUCCGCCCUCGCUCCCUCGUGACGUACGGCCUGUUCGUCACGCCCAGCAUCAUUUGCGAAUACGUCCUUGAGAUAUCGGGCCGGCCCAAGUAUGAUGCUGCCACGGGGGCUCUCAAAACUGCCGGGGAGGAUCUCUCUAACGCAGGAUUGACCGAGUACAUGUUUGACGUCAUCUGGGUGACGUGGGCAGCUACCAUUGUUGUCAUGCUCUUUGGUAAUUGGGGGUGGUUGCUGUGGGCGGUUGUUCCAGCCUAUGGAUUGUAUCUUGGCUCAGGACUCUUGGGAAUGGGCAAGCAAAAGAUGGCGGAAUUGCAGGGCGGAGGGGAUAGUGCGGCUGCUCCUCAGGGAAACCGGAGAGCACGGAGGGCUGCGUAA